AAACAAUCGAUAUAAUUAUGUGCUGUUAACGGUUUUGUGUGAAUAUAUGUUGGGAAUAUGGUUAGUGUAUUUUAAAUUUGUUUUGAUUUCGAAGUGUAUAUUUAGGAUAAUUUCGCAGCCAACGUCAUCCUUUAUAUUGAUUUACGUGUGAAUGGUAAAGAACUGGCGUGUUCGUAGGUGUUAGAAGUGACGUAUGUGUUGAUCUAUUUGUUUUGAUUUUCAGCAAUUUGAUAGUUUCUUCCGUUGGGACAUUAGAGCAGAUACAGCAUUUGAUUUUAGGCAGUGUGUACUAGGACGUAAGUGCGUUGUUAUCUGUUGUGAGAUCUUCAUGUCACCACUUCGUGCUGGCUGACGCAUCGGGGCUAUGAGUCGACACCCUUACUAAUUUGUUGUUGGGGUUGUGAUUGUGUACCUACAGUGUCUUGUUUCGCAUGUCUGAUGCAAUGUGCGAUGCGAUGGAACAGCGAGACGUCAUAGACAGUAGUGAAGACAUCGAUUUUCUUAAAAAUGUUAUACACCAGUUGAGGCAAGAGUUGGAAGAGUCAAGGCAAGAUGUUCAGAGAGUAGAGCACGAUUUUGAAGAUUUCCAAGAAAACUCGCGCCAACUGGAGAAGGAACUGGAGACUGCGCUUGACCAGUCCGAGAAAACAAACAGGGAACGAGAAGCACUUUGUAAUAGAUGGCAAAUAGAAAAUGAAAGGCUACGUGAUCGAAUAGAUCAGUUACAGAGGCAAUGUGAUUCCAAGGAUACACAACUCUCAAAAUUGGAAGCACACAAGCAAGAGCUGAUGAAGAGGACAAGAGAACUGGAACAAAGGAAUGAUGAUCUUGAAAGAGCUUUGAGGGCAAUGAGCAUGUCAAAGGGAGAGACUGAACUCAAAUUAAAUGCCCAGAUAGAGAGAGAUGCUCUCUUGGAGUGUGAACACGAAGAACUUCUAGCAAUGGUCCAGAGGUUGAAAGAUGAAAAAAGAGAUCUGACACAUGAACUGAAAGCAAGGGAACGCAUUGGCCCUGUUUUCGACAAUGACAAGUCUGUUUUCCCGGGCUCUCCACUAGAUUCCAAUCGGUUAAAAGUGGAGAUGCAGACACAAACCACUGCAGUUCAAGGUUCCCCACUCAAAAUGGCUCAGACUGUUGGAAAUCAAACAACCGUAACACCACUCGCACCUUCCAAUAGGAUACUUGGAAUGAACAUGGUCCAUGACCUGCUUCGCAAUAUUGGCUCUAUUGAAUCAAAAUUAACAGCUUCUCGCAAUAUUGCCAGAGACAACAUACAUCUCAGUGAUGCAACAAACCGAGAGCCUUACAGAGGGAGGCGCAUAGGACGAACUGCUACACCGGCAUCACCAAGUAUUCAUAGCUACCUACGAGCAUGAAAUCCUAAUGCCUGCUGAGAUGUUAAAGAAGUAUCUGUGCUGCUAUGACAAAAGCUGUGUAGAUCUUUGCAGGCUGUUCUUUUGCCCGCACACAAAUUUUUGCACAUGUGUACUUUCUUCAGAAACAUUUACAAUCAUUUUGUUAAUUACAGUGUGCAAUUUUGCACUAGUCUUCUGCUCUGAAAUAGAAAUUCAGUUAUAUUCAGGGUUUUCAUCACAGAUUUCCCUUACAAGAAGUACGCAACAAGCAGCUUUAAUAUGAUCGUUUGUAAAUAUAUUCUGUGAUGCAGCAGAAAUUUUUUGUAAAAAAAAUUUAAAAAUUCACAAUAAUAAUAAUAUUUUAUUAGAAGGAAAGAUUCGACAGUACUGAUUGUUCUGUGCAAAGUCUUAUUGCCUUGUUUAAGAUAGCUGAAUUCAAAUACAUUAUUAACUGUGGUAGUAUUGAUAUGUAAAUUUAACAAUAUUCUAUACAAGAAAAUGCUGCAAUUUAGUUAAAUUGUAUUAAAGUAUGAUGAAAUCUAGUAGUAUUUAGAACUGUAAGCAAAAAUUUAAAAAAAAUUAAAAAUAUGAAAUAAAUAAAGUGAACAACAUUGCA